GGGACAGAGGCCCCGCUUGCAACGGGCGGUGGGAAGGCCCCCGGCCUGGGGCGGGGGGUGUAGGGAGCGGCAGGGCCCGCCUGGGUCUGAUGGCAGCGGCGCUGAGGGACCCGCUGCGGCUGACUUCAUUGUCCUCAUCAUGGCAGGGCUGGGGGACCUUUGAGGACAUUGCCGUGUACUUCUCUCAGGAGGAGUGGGGGCUCCUUGACGAGGCUCAGAGGCACCUGUACUGUGAUGUGAUGCUGGAGAACUUGGCACUUGUGGCCUCACUGGAUUAUUGGUGUGGAGCAGAGGCUGAGGGGGCAUCUUAUGAGCAGAGUGUUUAUGUAGCAGUGCUCCAGUCCAGGACCCCCAAGGCAGGUCCAUCCAUCCAGAAGGCCAACACCUGUGACGUGCGUGACCCAGUGUUAAAAGACAUAUUACACCUGGCUGAGAACCAGGGAAUACACCCCAGGCAGAAACCGUACACGUGUGAGGCAUGUGGGAGAGGUUUCUGGCUCAGUGCAAACUCUCACCAGCACCAGAAGGAGCACAGUGAAGAGAAACCCUUCACAUGCAGAGAGUGUGCUAAGGCUGUCCUGGACAGCCAUGGCCUCCAGCCCCAGGCCACCCACGGAGAGGGGACAUCACACAGAAGCACCGAGUGUAAGGAGGCCUUCCCACCCAGCUCCAUUUGGCAGCAACAGCAGGGAGGCCACGCCUCACAUAAGCCCUUCAAGUGCAGCAACUGCGGACAAGCCUUCCUGAAGGCCUUUGCACUCCUCAACCACCUGAUCACUCACGCCAAAGAGAGACCCUUCAGGUGCCCAGCAGGUGGAAAUGCCCCCAAGGAGAGCUCAACCCUGGUUCAACACCGAAAAACUCACACUGGAGAAACAUCCCAUGUGUGUAAGGAAUGUGGGAAGGUGUUCAGCCACCUGUUUAGCCUGAGGACACAUCAGAAAGUUCACACUGGAAAAGCGCAUCUCAGUUGCAGUGAAUGUGGGAAAGUCUUCACCCGCAAACACUCACUCACUCAGCACCAGAGAGUUCACACUGGAGAAAGGCCUUAUGAGUGUGACCAGUGUGGGAAAGCCUUCACUCGUAGCUUCCACGUUGUUCGGCACCAGAAAGUUCACAACACAGAGAGGCCUUAUGAGUGCAGACAGUGUCGGCGAGUCUUUAGCUGUAUCUCCAACUUUGUCGAGCACCAGAAAAUACAUACCGGAGAAAGGCCUUAUGAGUGCAGCGAAUGCGGAAAAGCCUUCGUUAACACCUCCCAUCUUGUCCGGCACCAGAAAGUUCACAACACAGAAAGGCCUUUUGAGUGCAGUGAAUGUGGAAAAGCCUUCCAGCAAACCUCCAAACUUAUUCUACAUCAAAGGAGUCAUACUGGAGAAAGACCUUAUAAGUGCAACCAAUGUGGGAAAGCCUUCAGUUGCCUCUCCAACCUCGUUCCACACCAGCGAAUUCACACUGGAGAAAAGCCUUACGAGUGCUCCGAAUGUGGGAAAGCCUUCAGUCAAAGCUCUGCCCUCAUUCAGCACCAGAAAGUUCAUACCAGAGAAAGGCCUUAUGAGUGCAGUGAAUGCGGGAAAGCCUUCAGCUACAGCUCUAACCUUGUUAAGCACCAGAAAGUUCACACCGGAAAACGGCCUUAUGAGUGCAGCCAGUGUGGGAAGGCCUUCAGCGAAAGCUCCAUUCUCCAUCAGCACCAGAGAGUUCACACUGGAGAAAAGCCUUAUGUGUGUAACAAAUGCGGAAAAGCUUUCCGCUACAGCUCAAACCUCUCUAAGCACCAGAAGGGUCACACUGGAAAAGAGCCGUCUGAGUGCAGUGGACAGGAUCGCCUUCAGCCAGAGCUGCAGCCUCCCUCAGCCCAGAAAGGUCACAUCAAAGAAAGGCCUUAGGAAUGUGGCAAGAAUGGAUAAGCACUAGUGAGGACCUUCUCCUUGUCCCAUAAAAGGACUCACUCCUGAGAAACUCCUAUGAAAGGAACCUUUGUGAGGAAGCCAUCAGCCAAAAUUUGAAACUUGCGCAUCCUACACCCCUACUGGGAGAUUGGCUGUAGUGCCAGUGGUAAGUGGGAAGCUUGCAGGAGCUAUGCUGCACUUUCUAACCUGUCCAGGUGCUUUGCCAGAUUAUGUCACUGCCAGAUGCCCUCUCACCUCUACCAGCUGGCAGGUCCCCACGCCAUGUGCCUGUCAUCUCAACAUACUCAGGGAAUGCAGGCUUGUGUUCUCAUUCCCUGGAGGGAGCCAUAAACGUUGGGAGCCCAUUGGGGUGGCCUCAUUUUCCAUCUCUCCCCUGUCCCCAGUGGCUCAGGUGUUGCCCUGACGUAGUUCUCUCCAGGAGGAUCUGAACUGGAGUCUGAUGAUGUCCAGAGGAAGCUUCCUUCUUCAUGGGCAUUGUUGAGUCUACAGAUGAUGCCUGCAGUGAACUGGUCCAGCCUCCAAAUCACCCAGCCUUGGAACUGCCUGCCUGCAGAGUGUGAUAAUAAAGACCUUAUUGCUGAAGCCAUC